UCGCCUAACAUAAAAAAAAUCUCAAAAAUGGACAUGAAACUUUUGCAAAGAUUAAUCAGUAAACAUAUUGUUAAACGAAUGAACAGAAUGUAUUCCUCUCACGAAAAUCCGUUUGGUAUAAAACCUCAGUCUAGUGGUGUGCAGAAUGAAAGGAUGACUAGAGGUCUUCCUAAAAAACUACCCAUAGCAGGAGUAGAUAAGGUUAUUGUGGUAGCUUCUGGAAAAGGAGGAGUUGGAAAAUCUACCACUGCUGUAAACUUAGCUUUAGGAAUAUCUGCAAAUGAUCCUACAAAACAAGUUGGUUUGUUGGAUGCUGAUGUCUAUGGUCCAUCUAUACCAACAAUGAUGAAUUUACACGGAGAGCCUUUACUUAACAACCAAAAUAUGAUGGUGCCAUUAAUCAAUUUUGGAAUAAAAUGCAUGUCAAUAGGUUUUCUGGUAGAGGAAAAGUCGGCCAUAGUAUGGAGAGGACCUAUGGUUAUGUCAGCAAUACAGAAACUUAUCAGGCAAGUAGUUUGGGGUCCACUGGAUUACUUAGUUGUCGAUAUGCCACCUGGAACAGGAGAUACACAGCUCUCAUUGUCACAAAAUAUACCUAUUGAUGGUGCUGUUAUUGUGUCAACACCACAAGACAUAGCUUUGCUGGAUGCAAGACGAGGAACUGAAAUGUUUGAGAAAGUAAAUGUUCCUGUCCUGGGUCUUAUCCAGAAUAUGAAUGUGUAUGUCUGUCCUAAUUGUGGUCACACAGAACACAUAUUUGGUAAAGAUGGCACAAAAAAGUUAGCGGAAGAACUCAGUUUGGAUAUUUUAGGAGAUGUACCACUAGACAUACAGAUAAGAGAAGGAAGUGAUUCUGGCCAGCCUGUUGUUGUUUCAUCACCAGAUAGUUUACAGGCUCAAGUAUAUGUAAAUAUAGCAAAGAAAGUUACAGAAAAAAUCCAUGCCAAAACAUCAACAUUACCCAAAGGAUGAUUGUGGUUAUAAGUUGUAUUUUUUCUCAAUAGAUGUGUGAUGUGAACAUCAUCAGUACCUUAACUAUGGUGCAUAUAUAUCUGAUUGCUAAUGACACAAAAUGUCUGUAUCAACUGAAGGCAAUUUUGAACAGUUAUUCCUUGAUUAUCAUCUAGCACCACAUUAGCAGAAAAAGAAAGAUGAGUUGGGGUUGUAUUGAAUUUCUUGCUAGUAUCAUUCAAAACUUCUCUCAUCAAGAAAUGUGCUCUUGUAGACCUUUUUCUUAUUAUAUAAAAUGAUGUCUGUAAAAGGAUCUAUUGCCUUGAGAAAUUUAUAUUGUUACAACAUGUCAACAAUAUCAGCAUGUCAUAUAAAAAAAAGAGGGGACAAUUUUGCUUGAAACUAUUUCUGAGGGUCUGGAUUUCUUUUUUAAUUUUUUUUUUUGGGGGGGUAGGGGGUCCUUCAUUUCUGAAUUCUUUUAAUUUUGUGUCAUAUUCCAUUUUUUGGCCAAUUUUUCUGUACUUUUUGUCUUUUAUUCUAUAUUUUAUAAACCCUAUCCAGACCCUGUCUACAUUAAUUUUUUUUACAAUCUGCAUACAGUGGGUAAAGAGAAAAACCGAUGAUGCUGGAAUGAUAGAAAAGGGACUCUUCUUAUGAUAAAGGUGACAAAAUCAAUAUAUGCUUGUACCUGUACUAAUUAAAAGUUAUUUCUAAACCAUACAAAUUUAAGUUAUCUGUUGAACUAUGUUAUUGGUAAUAUACAUGCAAAAAACAAGAUGUCUUAUUUUCCGUUUUUAUUUAGUUAAUUUCAUUAGAAGCUUGUUACACUGAAAUUUAAAAAAUGUAAAUCUUUUCUUGAUAUUAAUUAAUAAAUCUAAGGCUGUCUCCAGUCAUCAAUU